AUGAAGCUCGCCGUGUGCCUGCUACUCGGUGCCGUCGCAAGUACAAAAGCGGACUAUGGGUCAUCGUCGGGGCUCACCAUUUGUCCGUCCCUGUGCACGGAUCUGUUCGCACCUGUGUGCGGUUCCGACGGUGUCACGUACUCGAACGACUGUUAUCUGCUCCUCGCAGACUGCGAAAGCGCAGCGAGGAUCACCAAAGUGUCCGAUGGAAAAUGUCCCACCUCUGGUUCUGGAUGCUCGGGCGUGUGUCCUAAGAUACUCAAGCCCGUAUGUGGCUCUGAUGGGGUCACGUACCCGAACGAGUGCUUACUGGGAGUCGCCGACUGUGAAUGCUCUGAUGACAUCACCAAAGCUUACGACGGAGAGUGCCUCACUGAGACGACGCCGUCCUCGACUGAUGGCAGCGAAGAAUGCAACGACGUGUGCCCCGAGAACUUCCAACCUGUCUGUGGGUCGGACGGCGUAACCUACUCAAACGACUGCACCCUCGAAUAUGCCCAAUGCACGAGUGGCGGUGUCAUUACCAAAGUGUCUGAAGGAGAAUGUUCCUCAUCUGGAUAUGGCUCUGGCUGCUCGGAAGUUUGUCCCGAGGUAUUUGAGCCCGUAUGUGGUUCUGAUGGGGUCACGUACUCCGACUCGUGCUUCCUCGGGAUUGCUACCUGCAAGGACCCGAGCAUCGUGCUGGCUCAUGAUGGAGCUUGUGGCGUCGACCCGGGAAGCUACGAGAUGGGCCCUUCGACCGAUUCCAGCGAGAGUACCGGCUGCCCCGACGUCUGCAUCGAGAUAUUUAGACCUGUCUGCGGUUCGGACGGGGUCACUUACGCCAACUCGUGCUUCCUUGGUAUCGCUAGCUGCCACGACCCCAGCAUUACCUUAGCUCACAAUGGAGCUUGCGGUUCCACUGGUGGUGAAGGCAGCUACGCGACGACCAACCCUCCGACUGACUCGAGUGAGAGUACGAGCUGCCCCGAUGUGUGCAUUGAGAUCUUCAGGCCUGUAUGUGGCUCUGACGGUGUCACGUACGCCAACUCGUGUUUCUUAGGGCUCGCCAGCUGCGAAGACCCGAGAAUCGCUCAAGCCCACGAGGGACCUUGCACCACUUAUGGAGGGGGCUACGAGACAGACAAUUCGACUGACUCGAGUCAAGAAACCACCGAAGCUUCCUCAUGCCCGGACAUCUGCCCCGCCAUCUACGCUCCUGUGUGCGGCUCAGAUGGCGUCACUUACAGCAACGAGUGUCUGUUGAACAUCGCUAGCUGCAACCACCCAGAGCUUAAGCUCACGAAAGCUUCCGAUGGAGCUUGCUCGCCAGAUGAGUGCAAAACCGCUUUCUAG